UCAGUGUGGGUGGGCAGCAGUGGCCGGCAGAGAGAGUCGGACCGACUGAAAGAGAGAUUCGCAGCCGCAGAGGGCGACUUUGUCUCCUACCUGAACGUGUACGAGGGUUUCACUCGCAGUGGCCGGUCGCCCAAGUGGUGCCAUGCCAACGGCAUCAACUACCAGGCCAUGCUGCGAGUGGACGAUGUGAGGGGGCAGCUGCGGAAGGAGCUACGGCGUCUGGGGCUGAAGCUGCUGUCAUGCCGGGGUGACGUCAUGCUACUACAGCGGGCAGCAGCGGCUUCCCUCUUCGUGAAUGCGGCUCACCUCAUGGCCGAUGGUGACGGGUCCACAUACAAGUCCGUGAGGGGCAAUCUGCAUCUCAAGAUUCACCCUUCCUCCGUCCUGUUUAGAGUGGCGCCGCAGUGGGUGGUGUACCGCACUGCAUCACAAGCUGACUCGUUUUUGUACAUGCGAGACGUGACUGCAGUUGAGAGAGAGUGGCUGCUAGACGCUGCUCCUCACUUCUUCACCCAGAGGCAGAUAGGAAUUCCCACAAGACCAUGA